UGACUAGAUGAUGAAUAAGCAGUUUUGAGUUGAUAAACAGCUUUGUAAGUCUGCUGAUAUCUGUUCUUCAUGACCUAGAAACAUCAGACACGCACGAGCGCAACAAACCAGACCAAACCCAGGACAGCAGCAGGAGGAGCUCUGACAUCACUGUGUGAGGAGUCCGGGAAAACGAAACUUAGGAUCAUAUGGAUGCCUGAAAGUAACACAAAAUAUUUUUUGAGCCGUUUAAAGACUCUUGUGGACACAUCUGAAACUCACAGCAAUGUCAUCCUCCAGUGGUCCACUGACUGAGGAGCUUCAGUGCUCUAUAUGUCUGGACGUGUUCACUGAUCCAGUCACGACUCCAUGUGGACAUAACUUCUGCAAGACCUGUCUGAAUAAGCACUGGGACAACAGCCAGACCUGCAGCUGUCCUUACUGUAAAGAAACAUUCAGCCAAAGACCUGAUCUCAAGAUUAAUAUCACACUCCGAGAGGUUGCUGAUCACUAUAAAAAGAAAAGUCCUGAGGAAAAAAAUGAAAUUCUGUGUGACUUCUGUGAGGAGAGAAAGCUGAAAGCCCUGAAGUCGUGUCUGGUGUGUCAGAGCUCUUACUGUGAAACUCACCUGGAGCCUCAUUUAAAAGUGGCAGGUUUAAAGAAACACAAACUGAUGAAUCCUGUGAGUAAUCUGGAGGAAUAUAUAUGCCAGAAACAUGAGAGGCCUCUGGAGCUGUUCUGUAGAGAUGAUCGGACAUGUGUGUGUCCCAUGUGUGCUCUGACAGACCACAAGAACCACAGCACCGUUCCUCUAGAAAAGGAGAGUGAAGAGCAGAAGAUGAAGAUUCAUAAUGAAGGACAGCAGAUGAUCCAGGACAGAAUCAAGAAGAUUCAAGACAUCAAACACUCAGCAGAAGUCAGAAAAAGAAACACAGAGAUGGAGAAAGCAGCUCGUGUUGAGUUCUUCACUGAUCUUAUCCGCUCCAUUGAGAGAUGUCAGACUGAACUGCUGGAGACGGUGGACGAGCAGCAGAAAGCAGCAGGGAAGCAGGAGGAAGAGCUCAUUGAAAAGCUGGAGCAGGAGAUCAGUGAGCUAAAGUUGAAAAGCAGUGAGCUGGAGCAGCUCUCACACACUGAAGAUCACCUCCACCUCCUGCAGAUUUACUCGUCCCUGUGCAGCCCUAGAAACACCAGGAACUGGCCUGAGAUCAGUGUGGAGACCCGUGAGAGUCUGGAGACUCUGAGGAGAGCUCUGACUCAACUGCAGGACACUAUAGACGAGAAACUCACACAGACCGUCUCUACAGAGCUGAAGUGGAUGCAGCAGUAUGCAGUGGAUGUGACUCUGGAUCCUGAUACAGCUCAUCCUGAUCUCAUCCUGUCUUAUGAUGGAAAACAAGUGAGAUGUGGAGACAGUAAACAAAAGCUCCCAUAUAGCCCAAAGAGAUUUACUCACUGUGCAACUGUCUUGGCAGAGGAGGGAUUCUCCUCAGGGAAGUUUUAUUAUGAGGUGCAGGUGAAGGGGAAGACUGCAUGGGAUUUAGGAGUGGCCAGAGAAUCUGUUAAAAGGAAGGGAAAGAUCGCACUGAGUCCUGAGGAUGGAUUCUGGACCGUGUGGCUGAGAAAUAAGAAUCAGUAUGAAGCUCUCUCUAGUCCCUCCGUCCCUCUGUCUCUAAGAGUGAGGCCGCAGCGGAUUGGUGUGUUUGUGGAUUAUGAGAAGGGACUGGUCUCCUUUUAUGAUGUGGAGUCCAGCUCUCUUAUCUACUCUUUUACUAGUCAGUCUUUCACUGGCAAACUCUAUCCAUAUUUUAGUCCAUCGUUGAUCUUUAAUGGUAGAAACUCAGCCCCCCUGAUCAUCACACCUGUCAAUUACAGUCAAUGAAUUUACACUCUCGGGCUGUGUGUCAAAGCAUUUUUAGCCAGCUGAAAAUGGCCAGUUGUGGGCACUUAAAUGCUUUGGUGAUGCAGCAUUUAGCUCGAGUGAAAUGUUCUUCUGAGCAUUAUUUUUCAUAGCAAUCAUGAGAUGUCAUCUGGUUCAGACAUGGAUACCUGGAGAUCAGCGAAAAUAUGUGACAAUCGGUGAUAUUUCUCCCAGUGGACUAUUUAACAAUUAUCCUGACUAUGUUUGUGGGCCUGGGAACAUUGCAGUUACAUUGCUGUCUAUAGAGGGUUUGAGAGCUCUUGGACUUGAGAGUGAGUAAUUAAUGACAGAAUUUUUGGGUGAACUAUCCAUUUAAAGGUAAAAAACAUGUUCUUUAUAUAUAUAUAUAUAUA